CCGGAACGAACUACCGAACCAUGCCCAGGGUCGAUACCAAGGGUGUGGAAAACAUGAUCGACAAUCAGGAACAGACAAGCGAAGCCUUGUUCUCGACCCCCAGAGUGACAUACAGAUGUCUCUUGGGAUGCUGGCGUCAUCCUGUCAUGCACUUUUGGGGUACCUAGUCUGCCAGCUCCUGCAGGGCUCGAGCAGAGCAAAAGCAUAGCAUCUCCUUGCAUGAUAACCGAACCAAGUCGUGAGGUUGUCGCGACCCGUUGUCGACGUUUCGAACUCUAUAAAUUGAAAUGUGGGUAAGGAGGUUGUACUAUGACAUCAGUUCUUCUCCGGUUACCCCCGGCCUCAUCCUGAGUUAUUUAGGGACAACCCCAGUUAUGCGAAACGCAUACCGGCCCUGGGGUUAGACUUGACAUGAGACGGUUUGGACCCUCAUAUCGACUUCAGACCCGCCGUGAGGCUAUCAUUGACGUUUCUCGAGCCAUUGAUGCGACAAAGCCGUUGGGUGAUAUCGCCCUAUUCUGUGUAUACAUGUAUGCGUGCGUGUGCGUUGGUGCUGGCUCUUCGCGUGAUUCCAACGCUUUGGAGACGUCGUUAAGACUUGACGUUCGCCGGCGCUUAGAACGAACUGUACACAGACCCGGUGCUUGUGUUUUGCAGGGGCAGUUGUCGACACUCGAACAGGACCCAGUGCCUCCACCGAACUCUUGGGACGUGCUGGAGAAUGCUGUGGCCGGCGGCUGGCCCAUUUCAAGGAUUCUUUCGGUCUGGCCAUCACUCGAGUCUUCAUCGACAGUCGAUCUUCUGUUGAUGAGCACGCAAGCAGGCUCAAUUGAACUCUUGAGCUUUCUUCAAUGGCCAGAGUGUGAACCCACUGGGUCCGGUAAUCUCCCAUUGACCCUCUCCCCCGCCAUCAGGCACCCGACCACGAUUAAUGUGAAGCUCUUGUUUGGUUGAAAGUGAGAGGUGAAUAGUGACAAGACACGCCUUGUACCCUAGCAUACGGACCCGGUUGGAGUCUGCAAGAGAUAAGCUUAGAAGCAAAAUGGAAUGCAGCGUCGUUCUUCGUCCGGUAUUGUCGUCGCGUCAGUAUACCCAAGUGCCAAGCAUAGUACAUGCCGCUAGGACCCUUCGGAAUACCCUUACAAAGUUUUGGUUGAGUCGAUGCACUAAGCUCGAACGCUGCAGUAGAGUCGUAUCGCGGAUAUGAAGGCAACACAGCCCCAUUCUCGGGCCCUUUUUUUCUUUCUUUCUUUUUUCAUUCUUGUUUUCUACUUCUUCUUCUUCUUCUUCUUCU